CUUGAGAAACAUGGCGCGUUUGUAGCAAGAGAUGCUGGUUCGCAACACGGUAGCUGCCUUGCCAGAAAUUAACUCGGCCGUCGGUCCAGCAGCUCUUCGCAUUCUCCCCUCGUUGUUCUCGCGUCUCUCUUGCCAGGAGCAUAGCAACUUUUCAUGAAAUUUCGGUCUCUAGCGUUCGCGUUGUGCCUUCAUCCCACCGAGCUUCUUUCCAUUUCUCGCUCGCAUGGGGCCUAAGAAGGGGAAGCGAGGCGGAGGUGCAGGCGGAGGUCGCGGGGAAGCACAGGGGCGCGGGGAAGGUGGUGCGCCGAGCGGAGCACCGCCAUCGUCACCAGCGCCGUCUCACGCGCCGGCUGCCGGCAGAGGCGCGGCGGGUCCCGCAGGAGCUGGAGGUCGGGGGGGGAGAGGCGCGCCAGCAGGGGGAAGGGGCGCGCCCGUUCCCGCAGCAGCACCAGGGGGGCCAGGAGCCGCUGCUGCUGGCGGAGGGCGUGGGCGCGGGGGGCGCGGGCGGGGAGGACGCGGAGAGCAGGCGCCAGGAGCGGGGGGAGUUGGGGGCAUCACCGCAGGCAUGGCGCACAUGGGUGUUUCCGCCCCACCCGCAGACUUCCCCGCUCUCGCACCCGCGCGUGCUCCCGCCGCCAUCCCUGCACCUGCGCCUGCUCCCGUCCCUAUUCCUGCUGCUGCUGCGCGCGCGCCAGCGGCAGCUGCGCCUGCGCCCGUAGCGGCUGCGCCGCCUGCAGCAGCGGCGGGCGUGGCGGUGACGAUGGCGGGGCCCGCGGGCGUGUCGAGCCGGGCCCUGGUGGCGGCUGCGCGCCCGGGAUUCGGGAAGGCGGGGCGACCCGUGAUGCUGCUGGCGAACCACUUCAAGAUCGACUUCCAGGACCUGGUGAUCUACCACUAUGACGUGGAGUUCUCCCCCGCCGUCGCCUCGAAGGGCGUCAUGCGCGCCGUCAUCCGCCAGCUCGCCAUCACCUACCAGUCGCAGCUCGCCACGUCAGGCGCCCGCGGCGGCCCCAGUGUCCCCGUGCAGCCGGUGUUUGACGGGGCGAAGAAUCUCUACACGGCGCGCGCGCUGCCGUUCGAGAGCCAGGAGUUCCGUGUGGUGCUGCCCGACAGAGACGAGGGCCAGGGCGCGGGGGGAGGCCGAGGAGGAGCAAGUGCUGGGCGCGGGGGGGGCGAGCGACGGGAGCGGGCAAUAAAGGUGACGCUGAAGAUCGCCCAGCAGUACCACAUGGCUUCUAUGGACGCCUUCCUCAAGGGCCGCCAGGCCGACAUCCCGCAAGUGCUGCUGCAGGCGCUGGACGUGGCGCUGAGGGAGCGCCUGCUGGCCACGCUCUCCCCGGUGGGGCGCUCGCUGUACUCGGCGUCCCUUGGCUCCACAGCGCUGGGCGGCGGCGUGGCGGGGUACCGCGGGUUCUUCCAGUCGGUGCGCUUCAGCCAGCAGGGCCUGGCGCUCAACGUGGACAUGUCCGCCACUGCCUUCCACCAGGAUAUGCCGCUCCUCGACUUUGCUGCCGAGUUUUUGGGUCGCGGGGGAGGAGGGGGAGGGGGGGGGAGAGGGGGAGGGGGGUUUGCCCCGAACGCGUCGCUGAGUGACGGGGAGCGCGUGAAGCUGCGGCGCGCGCUGCACGGGAUCAAGGUGGCUGUCACGCACCGCGACACGCCUCGGCGCUACCGCGUGCAGGGUCUAACCCGCGAGCCCGCACACGCACUGUCGUUCACGAUCGAGGGGCAGGGCGAGACGUCCCUCGUGGCCUACUUCCGCUCCGCCUACGGCUACACCGUGCGCCACCCCAACCUGCCGUGCGUCAUGGCGGGCGGCAGCGGCAAGAGCUACCUGCCCAUGGAGGUGUGCCGCAUCGUGGGCGGGCAGCGGUACGGGCCCAAGCUGAGCGAGGACCAGGUCAGCAACCUGCUGCGCUUCACCUGCACGCGCCCCGACGUGCGCGCGGGUGAAAUCGGGAAGCUGGUCGCCGGCAACGACUACCCCAACGAUCCCUACGCGCGGGAGUUCGGCAUGCGCGUGCACCCGGAGAUGACGCGCCUGCAGGGCCGCAUGCUGGACGCCCCGCGCCUCGUGUACAAGGACAAGAAGGACGUGGUGCCGCGGUUCGGCGCGUGGAACAUGAUGGGCGGGCAGCGCCUCAUCGAGGGCGCCACCAUCACGCACUGGACCAUCCUCAACUUCGCGCACUACCUUGAUGCUGCCGGCGUGCAGCGCUUUGGAACUGCGCUCGCGCAGCGAUGCGCCGAGCUGGGCGUGAACAUGAACCCGCGCCCGGUCGUGCCGCCCCUGACGGGCCGUGUGGACGCGGUGGAGGCCGUCAUGCGCCAGCUGGCGGAUGCUAGCAGCCGAGCGGUGCCGGCCGGGCAGUGGCUGCAGCUGGCGGUGGUGAUUCUGCCGGGCAGAGGCACGUUCUACAAUGAGAUCAAGCUGAUCGCCGAGACGCAGCUCAACGUCGUCACGCAGUGCUGCCUCGUGAACCACGCGCAGAAGUGCCAGUCGCAGUACCUGGCAAACCUGGUGCUGAAGAUCAACGUGAAGCUGGGCGGGCGCAACGUGCUGCUGCAGUCGGAGUCCAUCGGCCGCCUGCCCAUGGUGGCGGAGCGCCCCACCGUCGUCUUCGGCGCCGACGUCACGCACCCCAGCCCGGGGGACGACUCCUCGCCCUCCAUCGCUGCUGUCGUCGCGUCCCGGGACUGGCCGUGCGCGAACCGGUACGGGUGUCUGCUGCGCACACAGGCGCACCGGCAGGAGAUCAUCGAGGGGCUCCACGAGGAGCGCCGCGCAGCGGACGGGAGUGUGGUGGCGGGGGGGCUGGUGCGCGAGCUGUUGAUGGAGUUUUACCAGAGCGCCAAGUGCAAGCCCGAGAGGAUCAUCUUCUUCCGGGACGGCGUCAGCGAGGGGCAGUUCUACCAGGUGCUGGCGUACGAGCUGGAGUCGGUGCGUGCGGCGUGCCGCGCCAUGGACCCGUCAGGGAGCUACCAGCCGCGCAUCACGUACGUGGUGGUGCAGAAGCGGCACCACACGCGGUUGUUCCCCGCCGACAACAACCGCGACAAGAACGGCAACGUCAUGCCGGGCACCGUGGUGGACACGGUCAUCUGCCACCCGCGCGAGUUCGACUUCUUCCUCAACUCCCAUGCCUCCAUCCAGGGCACGUCACGGCCGACGCACUACCGGGUGCUGUGGGACGAGAACGGGUUCACAGCCGAUAGCAUGCAGGCGCUGUGCUACUCACUCUGCUACACCUACGCGCGCUGCACGCGCUCCGUCUCCCUCGUGCCGCCCGCCUACUAUGCUGACCUGGCGGCCACGCGCGCGCGCCUGUACCUGGACGGCGUCAUGGGCAGCGCGCGCGGGAGCGGGUCCGAAAGCGGGUCCGCUGCGGGGAGGGGGGCAGGGGGCGGGGGAGGGGGCGAGGUGGCGGGGUCGGGGGGCACAGGCAGCUCGAGCGGGUCGUCGCGGGUGGGGGCGCCGCCUGUGGUGCCGCUGCCAGUGGUCAUGCCCGUCCCCAGGCGAGGCAUGUUCUUUUGCUGACCGCCGCCCUGCCUGCCGUGCUCCUCUGCUGACCGCCGCCCUGCCAUGUUCUUCUCCCCACCUCUUCCCUUCCAUGUUUGCGUUGCAUGCCUGCUUGCGCCACCUGCAUCUGCUGUGACUUUCUGCUUGCUGUCUAAUUCCUUAUGCUGGAACUGGAGCUAUGAAAGGCAAAAUUGGGCAAGGAGGUGCGUUGGUUGGGGUUUUUUUCACUGGGUGAAAAAAGACGAGCGCCGAGAUAGUGCUAUGCUAUGCCAUGUUGAUGAUCAAAUCCAACACUGCUUUGUGUACAUUUGUGAGUCUCUGGAUGUUUCUGUGGCAGCGCUGGUGGCUUUCAACUGCUGCUGCUUUGUAUAGUUGCAAUUUUUUUAAUGACUGCAAUCGAAUACCGGUACCU